UCCACGCAUGGACUAUAAUAGGAUGAACUCCUUCUUAGAGUACCCACUCUGUAACCGGGGACCCAGCGCCUACAGCGCCCACCACAGCGCCCCUACUUCCUUCCCCCCCAGCUCGGCUCCCGAUGUUGACAGCUACGCAAGCGAUUCCCGCUAUGGUGGGGGGCUGCCCAGCCCCGAGCUUCAGCAGAACUCAGGCUAUCCGGUCCAGCAGCCGCCUUCGGCACUGGGGGUGCCCUUCCCCAGCUCCGCGACCUCGGGGUACCCCCCGGCAACUUGCAGCCCCAGCUAUGGGCCUUCUCAGUACUACCCUCUGAGCCAACCAGAGGGAGAUGGAGGCUAUUUCCAUCCUUCGAGCUAUGGGGCCCAGCUAGGGGGCUUGUCCGACGGCUACGGAACCGGUGGAGCUGGCCCCGGGCCGUACCCUCCACCACAGCCCCCUUACGGGACCGAGCAGAGAGGGAGCUUUGCACCGGCCUAUGCUGAUCUCCUCUCCGAGGACAAGGAAUCGCCCAGCACGUCAGAACCCAGCGCCCCCACUGCCCGGACGUUCGACUGGAUGAAGGUUAAGAGGAACCCACCCAAGACAGCAAAGGUGUCGGAGCUGGGCCUGGGCGCCGCCGGCGGCCUCCGCACCAACUUCACGACGCGGCAGCUGACGGAGCUGGAGAAGGAGUUCCAUUUCAACAAGUACCUGAGCCGGGCCCGGAGGGUGGAGAUCGCCGCCACCCUGGAGCUCAACGAGACGCAGGUCAAGAUUUGGUUCCAGAACCGGCGCAUGAAGCAGAAGAAGCGAGAGCGGGAGGGAGGCCGGCUGCCCCCAGCCCCUCCGGGCUGCUCCAAGGAGGCCACGGGAGACGCCUCCGACCAGUCCACGUGCACCUCCCCGGAGGCCUCGCCCAGCUCCGUCACCUCCUGA